CUCAAUUGGUAGAGCUCCUGGUUUCCAAUUUCUCUUUCAUUCGGAUCCGCCAUUGUUGGAUUUCAUACAUAUUGAUUAUGAAAGUCCCCCGGCCUUAUUAUGCGCCGGAGCCGCCGCUCCUCCACCGUCCGACGCCCGGCCACCGGAAAAAGGGCGCAUGCGUCCGGCCGUGGCUGUUGAUGGACGCCGGCGGGCAGGCGCAGGUGGUGGAGGCCGGGAAACAUGACGUCAUGCGCCGCACCGGAUUACCUGCCCGUGAUCUUCGAAUUCUCGACCCGGUCUUGUCGUACCCCUCCACCGUCCUCGGCCGCGAGCGCGCCAUUGUCGUCAAUUUGGAGCACAUCAAGGCCAUAAUUACCGCGCAGGAAGUGCUGUUCCAGAAUUCUCGAGAUCCUCUCGUCACGCCGUUUGUGAAGAAGCUUCAGGAAAUCAUUCUUCGCCAGGGUUUCAAGUCCCCUCAGAAGGAAGAAGGUGAAGGAGAUGACACUAACAAUGGAUCAUCUUCGAAUCUGUACAAUUCGGAUCAGCAGCCGUAUCCGAAUAGUCCUGCUGCCGAGCAAGACAAUAGCAACAAAAAUACGGAUACGGACACAGAGCAACAAGGUGUGCAAAAUGCUCGUGGUUUGAAGCUUCUUCCAUUCGAAUUUGUUGCGCUUGAGGCGUGCCUCGAGGCAGCUUGCAGCAGCUUGGACAAUGAAGCGAGGAGAUUAGAGCAAGAAGCGCAUCCGGCAUUGGAUAAGCUAACUUCAAAGAUCAGCACACUCAAUUUAGAACGCGUACGUCAACUCAAGAGUCGAUUAGUUACCAUCACUGGCCGCGUGCAGAAGGUACGAGACGAGCUAGAGCAUUUGCUCGAUGAUGACGAAGAUAUGGCGGAGAUGUAUUUGACAGAAAAGCUAGAGCAGCAGCACGAGGAAGAUAACUCGUCUGUUUCUUCUGUAAGUGAGCUCGAUGACUUGCCCGGAGAAGUGGUUCAACCCGAAGAAGAGAACAACAUGGAUUCAGCUGAGAACAUAAUGAAGGGUGAAGACAAUUCUAUGCUUUCUCAGAUUAUUGGUGAACCUAAUGCUAUAAGAAGAGAUAGUUGUCGAACUGCUACGAGUGUUCAUAGCGCCAACGCAAAGCGCCUCGAUGUUGUGGAACUAGAAAUGAUCUUGGAAGCGUACUUUGUGCAGAUCGAUGGAACAUUGAAUAAACUAUCCACGCUGAGGGAGUAUGUGGACGACACUGAGGAUUACAUCAACAUAAUGUUGGACGACAAGCAGAACCAUCUUCUGCAAAUGGGAGUCAUGUUGACGACGGCCACCCUUGUAGUGAGCGCUUUCGUGGCCUUAACGGGAGUUUUUGGCAUGAACAUCCAUAUUGAUCUUUUCAGCGACGAUCCAAAAGAUCAACCGAUGCACAUGCGCCAAUUCCUUUGGACUACGGGCGGAGGUACCAUUGGCUGUGUUAUCAUGUAUAUAGCUGCGAUCGCUUGGUAUAAACAUAAAAAGCUACUGCAAUAAACGAGUCGUCGAAUUGGUGUUUUGGUUUCUCUUAGAGAGGAAAGAAGAAUAGAAUUUGCUUGAAUCGAAGAACAAUAGAUACAGUAACUUGCUAUUCGCCGAAAAUCUAUG